AUGACUUCACUGAUCAAUAUUUUAUUAUUACUUCAUCCAACAGUAGUCACUGAUGCCCAAUUAGUAGAACAAAUCAAACUGAAAAUUUAUCAAUCACAUAAUAACAAUAACAACAACAAUGGUGGCACUACAACGACGACAACAGGAACAGUGAAUAUCAAUCUUAAUCAACAAAUAAUAGAUAGAGUCACUAAAGGGAUCAUUGAAUUACCAUAUGAUUAUUAUGAUGAAAUAAUAUAUAUUAACCCAAAUAAUGAAUCUCAAUAUCGAGAAAUUCCUAUUCUGUUAAUGCAAUUAAUUUAUAAAUUAUUGAAAUCAAAUGGGAAAUUUAAAGGUGAUUUACCAUUAGAUCAAAAUUUAGAUGUUUUAAUGACAGGAUUUAUAAUAGAAGAAGAAGAAAAAGAAAAAGAAAAAGAAGAAAACAAUCUUGAAGGUGAAUUAGUUAAUGUAUGGGUUAAACCAAUACCUGUUGAUGAACCAGUGGUGACAUUAUUGAAAAAGAAAACAACUACUAGUAAUACUACUACCAUAAAAAAAUCAUUGCCGUUAUUUAAAAAACUAAAUAAAGAUGAAAUUAAUAAUUCUGAUAAAGAUAUUAACAAUGAUAAUAUAACUAAUAAUAAUAAUAAUAAUAAUAAUAAAAGAAAAUUGGUGGAGACAAAAUUAACUUAUUUUAGUAGUGAUGAUGAAAAUAGUUCUGAUGGAUCAGUUUUGGAGAAUGAUGACAUUGAUGAUGAUGAUGAACUUAUAGAUGAAAAUGAUUUACUUAACUUUAACAACAACAACAACACAAAUGGUGGGAGUUUAUUAUCUGAUAAAUUAAUUACACCAAGAAAAUGUGAUAUAUCAUUAAAUGGAGGUAAAAAAAGAAAAAAAGCUUGUAAAGAUUGUACUUGUGGAUUAAAAGAAUUGGAAGAAUUAGAAGUAUCAAAUCAACAAAAUUUACAAGAUCAAAUUUUAGGUAAAUUGGCUCAAUCAGCAACUUUAGAAGCUAUAAAAAUUGAAGAAAGAUUAAAACAGCAACAACAACAACAACAACAGAAAGUUAAAGUUAAAUUUACUGAAGAAGAUUUAUCAGAAAUAGAUUUCACCGUACAAGGUAAAACUGGUGGUUGUGGACUGUGUGCUCUUGGUGAUGCAUUUAGAUGUGAUGGAUGUCCUUAUUUAGGAUUACCACCUUUUAAACCUGGUGAAGUUGUUAAAUUAGAUGGAUUUGGUGAAGAUAUCUAA